GUUGAAAGCCCGUACUAAACAACUGUUUGCGUUCCCGAAUGGUUUAUGACGAAUAUAAUUUUUUCGUGACUCCAGACCAAUAUUAUCUAUGUGCUUGUGGCUCCAAAUCUGUUAUUAUCAUCGACAGAUUUACACAAGAAGUCAAAGUUGAUAGUGACGAGUCAGUCAUCCCUGCGGUCGCCAAAAAGCUCACAAUUUAUGGCAUAUGGGGUGUAAUUCGUUUGGUCUCAGGCUUUUAUUUGUUAGUCAUUACAGAACGGGAGAGUGUUGGUGAAAUUUUUGGACAUUCAGUAUGGAAGAUUACUAAAAGUUCAAUGUAUCCUUUCGCCAAGUCUUUACUUCACUUGUCAGACCUCCAGAACCAAGAUGAAUCUGUGUACUGUCAAAUGCUCGGUGGUAUUCUGUCUACUGAGGGAUUUUACUACUCGACGUCGUAUGACUUAAGUCAUACUCUGCAGCGCCUGUCGGAUACCAGUCCAGAGUUUAGAACACGUAGUAUGUAUGAACGUGCAGAUACACGCUUCACAUGGAAUAAAGCUUUGCUGAAUGAAUGGGAAUCUUUACUGAAUUCAGCAACAUCGUUUAAACAUAAGCAAAUGGCUGGCUGGAAUCGCUUCGAUUACUGUAUACCUAUAAUCCAAGGAUACGUUGGAAUAAUAGCUUAUCCCGAAAGUCUCUCCAAUAUUGCUAAGGGGAAUCCAGUAUAUUCACUUAUCUCAAGACGUAGUGUCUAUCGUACUGGAACCAGGUUUAAUACACGUGGGAUUGAUGAAGCAGGAAAUUGUGCAAAUACUGUGGAGACAGAACAGUUGGUUGAAAUUUUGGGGCAUAGAUUCUCUUUUGUCCAGCUUCGUGGUUCUGUGCCAAUAUACUGGAGUCAGAAACCCAAUCUAAGAUAUAAACCAGCUGUCCUACUCGGUGGAAGCCAAUUAUUAUCUUCACAUAUCAGUCAGUCAAAUAAUAUGAUAAGUAAUGAAAUUGGCAAGAUGGUCAGCGAAGAGAAUUUAGAGGCAAUACAAGCGAAUAUUGCUCGUCAACACUUUCACAGUCUUGUUUAUGAUUAUGGUUAUGGGAGACAGAUAAUAAUAAAUUUACUAAAUCAAAAGGGUAUGGAAUAUCCUUUAGGACAUGCUUAUGCUAUGGCUACUUUACAAUUAGAUGAAAAGGAAGUUAAAUAUGAAAGUUUUGACUUCCACCGAGAGUGCGGUUCAACUCGUUGGGAUCGACUUGGUAUUUUGUUGGAACGACUUAUACCAGAAUUACUGAAAUCAAAACAAUUUCAUUUGGAUAUGAAUAAUUCAUCAACAAUUGUUAGUCGUCAAACUGGAACAUUCCGAUCAAAUUGUAUCGAUUGUUUAGAUAGGACAAAUGUAGUCCAGUCUAUGCUUGGUUGGUGUGCAUUAGAACAGGCUGUUAUUGAACUCGGUCUGUUGCAAGGUCCAAUAUCUCAAACAGCUGAUGCAAGUACUACAUCACAUUUGUCACAAUUAUGGCCAGGUUUUGGAUUUCGUUUCAAGUCAGUAUGGGCUGAUAAUGCUGAUUACUGUUCACUUCAGUAUACUGGAACACGUGCCUUAAAAACAGAUUUCACUAGAACAGGUAAAAGGACAUUCUAUGGUAUGCUAAUGGAUGGUUAUCAUUCAGCUAUUCGAUAUUAUUUAAACAAUUUCAAUGAUGGAUUUCGUCAAGAUUCAAUGCACCUACUACUUGGUCAAUAUAAAGUAUGCGAUUCUAAUGGUAAUCCAAAACCACUUCAUGGAUCAAAUGGAUUAAGAUGUCGUCGAGGCAAUUCUGAUUCUGAAUGGUUAACACAAUUUCUACCGUUGAUAUUCAGUUUCACUUUGGCCAUGUCUGUAUUAUGUUGCAUUUUUCCUACAGCUCACUGGACUGAAAAAGCCACUUACGUGCUAUUCUGGGGUGGAGCAUCAGUCCUUUCUGCUCUUGCAAUAUUUACCUACGGUGAAGAUUUUGUCGAUCGGCCACGAUUUUUUCCGGACUAAAGAACUUGCCAGUUUACGUUGAAGUAAAUGAGCAAACAUUAUGCAAAUACGAUCGUCAAUUUAUUCCUUUUUCCUCAAUUCUUUUUAUUUAAAAAACACAUCUGCUUUAAAUUGACAUAAUUGUUUUCUCAGAAGAAGGAUUUUGUUGCUAUAGGUUACUGAAUGCAGUUUGUGCAAUCUUGUGUUUGUGAUAUGACAGAAAAAAGCUGUGACAAUUUCCUUCAUGAUGAACAGGUUUGACUUCAAAUUCGAUGUUGUUUCACGUUUUCUGAAUCAUGUUACUGAUAAUCGGUUUCAGUAGUGUUUUACUUUUCUUUGUCUGUCUAUUUGACUCAUUUGUGUGUGUGUGUAUGUAUUUGCUUUUCUACUUAGUUGACUGAUUCACACAUUAGCACUUCUUGUUUUCAAUAUAUGAUUUUUUUAAAGAUUAUCUACACAACUGUGAUGUGUUGACGAUAACAUUCUAUUGAUUGAAAGGGGUUUUUCUAUUACGAACAUAUUUGAUGAGAAUAGAUAUUUCCUGUGAAACUUUCCUUC